GGGAAUGUGGAUCAUGGCCAUUCUCUUACUCCAGAGCAUUCUGAAUGUUGCCGGUGAAGAUCUGCGGUCCAGCUUAUAUUUCGUCAAUGCAUCUUUGCAAGAGGUAGUGUUUGCCAGCACCAUUGGGACACUGGUACCAUGCCCUGCAUCAGGGCGUCCCCUAGCCACCCUGCGCUGGUACCUAGCAACGGGGGAAGAGAUGUACGACGUCCCAGGGAUACGCCACGUCCAUCCGAACGGCACUCUCCAGAUCUUCCCCUUCCCUCCUUCAAGCUUUAAUAACUUGAUCCACGACAAUUCGUACUAUUGCACAGCAGAAAAUCCUUCAGGGAAAAUUAGAAGCCAGGACAUCCACAUUAAGGCCGUACUAAGGGAGCCCUAUACGGUCCGAGUGGAGGACCAGAAAGCCAUGAGAGGGAAUGUAGCGGUCUUCAAGUGCAUUAUUCCCUCCUCAGUGGAAGUUUACAUCACUGUAGUGUCAUGGGAGAAAGACACCGUCUCACUCGUCUCAGGAUCCAGAUUCCACAUCACACCCACAGGAGCCUUGUAUAUUUUAGACGUUCAGAAUGAAGACGGGCUGUAUAAUUACCGGUGUAUCACACGGCACAGAUACACGGGCGAGACCCGGCAGAGCAACAGUGCCAGGCUGUUUGUCUCAGAUCCCACCAACUCAGCGCCGACGAUCCUGGAUGGGUUUGAGCACCGGGAGGUGACGGCGGGUCAGAGGGUGGAGCUGCCCUGUAAAGCCUCCGGUCACCCGGGGGCCAAGUCCCGCUGGCUAAAGGCCAACGCGCCUCUGGAGAGGGACGGGCGUUUCCGCCAGACGGUGACCGGGCUGCUCAUCGAGAAUGCUCGCCCCUCCGACACCGGCAAGUACGUGUGCGAGGUGUGGAACAGCUUCGGGACCUCCGAGGUCAUCGGCCAGCUCGCCGUGAAGGAGCCUCUGACAGCCGUUGUCAGCCCUCGGACAGUGAGGACGAGUGUGGGGAGCCAGGUGUCUCUCUCCUGCUCGGUGACGGGAGCCGAGGAUUACGUGGUGCGGUGGUACCAGAACGCCGAGGUCAUCGCCGCCGGGAACAACGCCAGGAUCACAGGCGACAACCAGGAGAACCUGCUGAUGGACGGAGUGGUCAAGAGUGACGGUGGAGCGUACCAGUGCUUCGUGAGGAAGGGCAAGACGUCAGCACAGGGGCUGGUGCAGGUCAUUCUAGAAGAUGGGACGCCCAAGGUCGUCUCCUCCUUCAGCGAGAAGGUGGUGAGCGCCAACGAGCCUCUGUCGCUGGUGUGUGGGGUGAAGGGCACCCCCCCGCCCACCCUGACCUGGACGCUGGACGACGAGCCUGUGGCCAGGGACGCCAGCCACCGGCUGGGCCAGUACGUGACGGGCCAGGGCGCCGUGGUCAGCCACCUGAACAUCAGCAGCGCCCAGGUGCGGGACGGUGGGAUCUACCGCUGCUCGGCCAACAACUCAGCCGGCCUCGCCACGUACCAGGCUCGCAUAAACGUAAGAGGACCAGCCAGUAUCCGCCCGAUGAAAAACAUCACGGCGAUCGCGGGCCGGGACACCUACAUCCACUGCCACGUGAUCGGGUACCCCUAUUACUCCAUCAAGUGGUACAAGAACGCCAACCUGCUGCCCUUCAACCACAGGCAGGUGGCCUUCGGCAACAACGGCACCCUGAAGCUGUCCGACGUGCAGAAGGACACCGAUGAGGGGGAGUACAUCUGCAGUGUCCUGGUCCAGCCCCAACUCUCCACCAGCCAAAGCGUGCACGUCACCGUCAAAGUGCCGCCUUUGAUCCAGCCCUUCGAGUUCCCGCGGUUCUCCAUCGGCCAGAGGGUCUUCAUCCCGUGCGUGGUGGUCUCGGGGGACCUGCCCAUCCGCAUCACCUGGCAGAAGGACGGGCGGCCCAUCCCCGCCAGCCUGGGCGUCACCAUCGACAACAUCGACUUCUCCAGCUCCCUGCGCAUCUCCAACCUCUCGCUCCUCCACAACGGCAACUACACCUGCGUCGCCAGCAACGCUGCCGCCGCCACAGAACACCGCAGCCAACUGGUCGUCAGAGUCCCUCCCCACUUUGUGGUUCAGCCCAGUGACCAGGACGGCAUCUACGGCAAAUCGGUCAUCCUGAACUGCUCGGCCGAGGGCUAUCCCGUCCCCACCAUCGUGUGGAAGUAUUCCAAAGGCGCUGGGGUGCCUCAGUUUCAGUCCAUCACCCUGAACGGCCGAGUGCGACUGCUGGUGAAUGGGUCUCUGCUGAUCAAACACGUGCUGGAGGAGGACAGCGGCUACUACCUGUGUCAGGUCAGCAACGACGUGGGAGCUGACGUCAGCAAGUCCAUGUACCUGACCGUCAAAAUUCCAGCCAUGAUCACGUCCUACCCCAACACUACGCUGGCCACUCAGGGCCAGAGGAAAGAGGUCAGCUGCACCGCCCACGGAGAGAAGCCCAUCAUCGUGCGCUGGGAGAAGGAGGACACAGUCAUCGACCCACAACGCAUGUUCCGCUAUAUCGUCUCCACCAAGGAGAUGGGCGAUGAGGUGGUCUCCACGUUGCAGAUCACGCCCACGGUUCGGGGUGAUUCCGGAUUCUUCUCCUGUCACGCCAUCAACUCGUACGGAGAGGACCGUGGCCUGAUCCAGCUCACAGUGCAAGAGCCUCCUGACCCACCGGAAAUUGAGAUCCGGGAGGUGCGAGCACGGAGCAUUGCCUUGCGAUGGAGCAUGGGCUUCGACGGCAACAGCCCCAUCACCGGCUUCGACAUCGAGUGCAAGAACAAGUCGGACUCCUGGGACGCGGUGCAGAGGACGAAGGACGUGUCUCCACAGUUGAACCAGGCGACCAUCAUUGACCUCCACCCUUCCUCCACGUACAACAUCCGCAUGUACGCCAAGAACAGGAUCGGCAAGAGUGAGGCUAGCAACGAGCUCACCAUCACCACCGACGAAGCAGCUCCAGACGGUCCCCCUCUCAAUGUCCUUCUCGUGUCUCUGUCGUCCCAGAGUAUCCAAGUGACCUGGCAGGCCCCAAGGAAGCACCUCCAGAACGGGCAGAUCCGCGGUUACCAGAUCGGGUACCGGGAGUACAGCGCCGGAGGCAGCUACCAGUUCAACAUCAUCAGCAUGGAGAGCACCGGGGAGAGCGAGGUCUACACGCUCGACAACCUCAAGAAAUUCACCCAGUACGGGGUGGUGGUGCAGGCCUGCAACCGGGCAGGCACAGGGCCUUCCUCCCAGGAGAUCAUCGCCACCAGCCUGGAGGAUGUGCCCAGUCGACCACCGGACAACCUGCAGGCCAGCGCUACUUCCCCAGAAGUCAUCUCACUCUCCUGGUCCACACCGUCAAAGGAGGCUCUGAACGGCAUUCUACAGGGAUACAGAGUCAUCUACUGGGCCAACCUCCCCAACGGAGAACUGGGUGAGAUCAGGAACGUGACCACCACCGAGACGUCACUGGAGUUGGUGGGGCUGGAAAAAUACACUAAUCACAGCAUCCAGGUGCUGGCGUUCACCAGGGCGGGCGACGGAGUCCGGAGCGAGCAGAUCUUUACCAGGACUAAGGAGGACGUUCCAGGCCCUCCGGGUGGAGUGAAGGCAGCGGCAGCCUCAGCCACCAGCGUGGUGGUCUCGUGGCUGGCCCCCCUCAAGAUGAACGGCAUCAUUCGGAAGUACACCAUAUUUUGCUCUCACCCAUAUCCAACAGUGAUCAGUGAAUUUGAAGCAUCGCCGGACUCCUUUUACUACCGCAUUCCCAACCUGAGCCGGAACCGUCAGUACAGCAUCUGGGUGGUGGCCAUUACCUCCGCCGGACGUGGGAACGCCAGCGAGAUCAUCACAGUGGAGCCUCUGGCGAAGGCUCCGGCCAGGAUUCUCACCUUCAGCGGAACUGUGACCACACCGUGGAUGAGAGACAUCCUGCUAACGUGCAAGGCCGUUGGGGAUCCAGUGCCCACUGUCAAAUGGACCAAGGACAGCAACGGAGACCCGACCCCCGUCCUGAUCGAUGGCCGUCGGACUAUCUUCACCAACGGCAGCUUUGUCAUCCGCACGGUCAAAGCCGAGGAUUCUGGCUACUACAGCUGCGUGGCCAGCAACAACUGGGGAUCUGACGAGAUCGUGCUGAACCUUCAGGUGCAAGUCCCCCCAGACCAGCCCCGGCUGACGGUGCUGAAAACCACCUCCUCCUCCAUCACUCUCUCCUGGAUCCCGGGCGACAAUGGGGGCAGCUCCAUCAGAGGCUACAUUCUGCAGUACUCGGAGGACAACAGUGAGCAGUGGGGCAGUUUCCCGAUCAGCCCCAGCGAGCGCCAGUACCGGCUGGAGGACCUCAAGUGCGGGACAUGGUAUAAGUUCACGCUGACGGCACAGAACGGCGUGGGCCCGGGCCGUAUCAGCGAGAUCAUCGAGGCCAAAACCCACGGCAAAGAGCCGCAGUUUGCCAAGGAGCAAGACCUCUUCUCCAGCAUCAACGUGACUCGGAUACGGCUGAACCUGAUCGGCUGGAACGACGGCGGCUGCCCCAUCACCUCGCUGACGCUGGAGUACCGACCCUUCGGCACGCUGGCCUGGAGCUCGGCCCAGCGCACCUCGCUCGCCAAGUCCUACAGCCUGUACCAGCUGCAGGAGGCCACGUGGUAUCAGCUACAGAUGAAGGUCUGCAACAGCGCGGGCUGCACAGAGCAACAGGCUGAGUUCGCCACCCUCAACUACGACGGAAGUACGAUCCCACCUCUGAUUAAGUCGGUGGUGCAGAGCGAGGAGGGUCUGGCCACCAAUGAGGAGCUGAAGAUGCUGGUGACCAUCUCCUGUAUCCUGGUGGCUGUGCUCCUCCUCUUCGCCUUGUUGCUGGUCUUCCGAAGGCGGAGGAGAGAACAGCGGCUCAAGAGGCUGAGGGAUGCGAAGAGUCUGGCUGAGAUGUUGAUGAGCAAAAACACAAGGACGUCCGACACGCUGAACAAGCAGCAGCAGACCCUGAGAAUGCACAUCGACAUCCCUCGAGCGCAGCUUCUCAUCGAAGAGAGAGACACAAUGGAGACCAUCGACGACCGAUCCACCGUGUUGCUGACGGACUCGGACUUUGGGGAAGCGGUGAAACAGAAGUCACUGACAGCAACGCACACCGUCCACUACCAUUCCGUCUCCCAGGCCACCGGCCCCCUCGUGGACGUUUCUGACGCUCGUCCUGGAACCAAUCCCACCGCCCGCAGAAACGUGAAGGGAGCCCCAUCUGCCCGCAACCGGUACUCCAGCCAGUGGACACUGAACCGUCCCCAUCCUCCAGUGUCCGCCCACACCCUGACCACAGACUGGAGGGUCCCAACCCCGCACGUACCCGGCUCGGUGGACAAGGAGAGCGACAGCUACAGUGUCAGUCCCUCACAAGACACAGACAGAGCACGGAGCAGCAUGGUAUCCACGGAGAGCGCCUCCUCCACGUACGAGGAGCUGGCCCGAGCCUACGAGCACGCCAAGAUGGAGGAGCAGCUACGACACGCCAAGUUCACCAUCACCGAGUGCUUCAUCUCCGACACGUCCUCCGAGCAGCUGACGGCCGGCACCAACGACUACACUGACAGCCUGACCUCCAGCACGCCCUCUGAGUCCGGCAUCUGCCGCUUCACCGCCUCUCCGCCCAAGCCACAGGAGGCUGGAAGAGUGGCCAACAUGGCCGUGCCCAAAGCACACCGACCAGCUGGAGACCUCAUGCAUCUGCCUCCGUAUCUGCGGGUGGACUUUCUGAUCCACAGAGGGGUGAGUGGACCGAGCAGGGACCCAGCCCAGGGUCAGGGUCAUGGUCAUGGAUGCCUGGAACCGCAGAGAAGAGGCACAAUGAAACGUACUCUCCUCCUGGAGCCCAUCCCCGUGGAAGUCACCAGCAGAGACACGCAUCAAUGGCAAACAGGCAGCGGGUCAACAUUACCUCCGCGUGAGGCAGCGGAGCACGGACAGACGGCCAAACUGAGUAGCUCCCAGGAAUCUUUACUGGACAACCGAGGGCACGGGAAGCCGGGGAAUAACCCUUACGCAAAGUCGUACACCCUGGUAUAACCAACCGCAUGGCCCCUAACUAACACAACCAGGCUUGUACAUACUCUUCGAUGGGAAAAGCUAAGAGCAUAAAAGCUAACAUUUUUUUUUACUGACUCCAAUAUUUAUAAUCGAGAAA